CGAUAACAAGUUCAAUUGGAAUUAGCGGCUUCAAGUUCAAGAUCAUAUCUAGAUUUGACGCUAUGCCUUAUUCAACAUAGCGUAGUAAGGAAAGGAACGAAGCCGGCUAAGCUUCGUCAAUUCGUGCCAUCUCCAAAAACUAAAAACUUCAAGAGACACACCCAAUUAUACGUACAGUCGCAUAUCUCGAACCUCUCUUGCCUCUCGACUCUGACUCUGACUCUGACUCUCUCGACUUGGCCGGACAGGAUACAGCAAAUAUGUCAGCACCGUGCAGAUACGCAGUUCGAUCCUGCGCCCGAUCAAUCCACUCCGGUACUUCUGUCCGCGCAUCUACCACUUCCUUUCUUCGGAGCACAACUCCUUCGAUACAGCGACGGCAUGACUCUACAGCUGCCGCCACCAACCCCAAAAUCAGCGGCAUCGUCGACCAAAUUAGUCACUUGACCCUUCUCGAAACCGCCGACCUCGUAUCUAGCUUAAAGUCGCGACUAAAUAUCCCCGACUUACCCGUUGGAGGCUUUGCCGCCGCCCCCGCCGCCCCCGUGGCCGCAGCGGAAGACAACGAGCCGGCGCCCGCUGCUCAAGAGAAGACCCUGUUCAACAUCAAGCUGACAGCAUUCGACGCUGCGGCCAAGGCCAAGGUUAUCAAGGAGGUCAAGAGCUUGUUGGGGCUCAGCUUGGUGGACAGCAAAAAGUUCGUGGAGAGCGCGCCCAAGAUGAUGAAGGAGUCGGUGCCCAAGGACGAGGCCGAGAAGAUCAUAGCCACGAUGAAGGGGCUCGGUGCCACCGUGACCAUGGAAUAAGCGCAUCUAGAUCCCAAGGGGAGCCUACAUUACUGUGUAUAUCCUGUAUAACAAUACAAGACCCCGGACAACAAAUCUGUCCAGUGGCCUAAAGAAUCAGCUCAGGGAGUUCAAGUGAUGGCUUCACCAGUAGAAGAAAUCAGUGCUGGUUAAAACAGACUGAAGCCAACUGUGAAUUUCCCAAAGGAAGCAUCAAAUGCUCUUGCUCUUAAAUGGCACUUUCUAUCAUUUAACAUGUAAUUGUGACCAGCCUCCACAGCGUGUAGUCUAUACAUAGUAACUUAGAAUACUCCCCCCUGAGCCAACCCGAUUUUAACC